AUGUGGAAAAGUGGUGCAAUUUUCAUGGCUUUCAGACAAGCAGCACAACUCAAACCGCUGGCAAACCGCUGGCAAACCGCAUCCUUCGCAAUUUUCACCAUGUCCCAAAUUCACUAUCAGAAUAUGUCCGUGGAGGAGUUGAUGAACCAGCAAUUUGAUGACGCCGUUGUGCAGAUAGAGAAACGUUUUCAGUCUCGCUUGCGAAGACGCCGCGCGUUGCUGGAGGCCAAGGCCAAUGAGCCUUACUUCGCGACCUUUUGGAAGGUGAUUCAGAUCAUCACAGCCACCUGCUCUUGCGAAGGCAAAACCUCAGGCUUCGGGGCGUAUUUUUCUCGUUUGAGAUUUUUGACCAAAGCUUUCCCUGGAUCGGACAGGUUGCUGUGA